CUUGGUUUAGGUGACAUUUGCCGGCUCAUGCUUGACGCUUAUGUAUUAACUUGAAUGUUUCCUAUUUACACGAGUGCAACUAAUAAGGCAGCCCACUCAACAUGAAACAACGUGUGUUGUUUUCCGCUCUCAAAGUGCGGCCGCCUGUCAGAUGUUUACAAGGCAGGUCGUGCUGUAAUUCAAGCAGCAGUGUAGUUAGUGCCAGGGAAAAGCGGCUAGCAUCGGAUCAUUUCAAGACUCGGAUUUCUUCUGGUCCAACUUUUCAUGAUUUCAUCCAAGGACUCACCGCUAAUAAAACAUGUACUCCAGACAUACAAGGAGAAGACAAACACGAUUGUUUUUCUACUGACUUGGAGAUGGGAAAUUUUCGAAAGGUCUAUUUUGAAACGUAUGGCUGUCAAAUGAAUGUCCGUGACACGGAUAUUGCCUGGUCCGUAUUGCAGAGGAGUGGAUACCAACGCACGACACAUUUACGCGAGGCAGAUGUGGUCCUUCUUGUAACAUGCUCCAUCAGAGAAAAAGCUGAACAAACAAUUUGGAACAGACUUAGGCAGCUGACAGCCAUGAAGAAUAAGCGCCUUAAGAAUCGGACACCAAUGAAAAUUGGCAUUUUAGGUUGCAUGGCAGAGAGACUGAAGACGGAGCUUUUGGAACGAGAGAAACUUGUCGAUGUCCUCGCUGGGCCAGACGCCUACCGGGAUCUCCCCCGUCUAUUGACUGUGGCCGAGGGAGGUCAACAGGCAAGCAAUGUGCUGCUUUCAUUAGAGGAGACCUACGCUGACAUCAUGCCUGUCCACCACUCUUCUCAGGGACACAGUGCUUUUGUGUCCAUCAUGCGGGGCUGUGACAAUAUGUGCAGUUACUGCAUUGUUCCCUUCACUCGAGGCCGCGAAAGGAGUCGACCUGCCAGCUCUAUUCUCGAGGAAGUCCGUAUCCUCUCCGAUCAGGGAGUGAAGGAAGUGACAUUGCUUGGUCAGAAUGUGAACAGCUACAGAGACACAUCUGAAGAACAGUUCUGUGGUGCGGUUCCGACAAAGCUGAGCCGCGGCUUCAAGACUGUGUACCGGCCUAAACUGGGAGGUCUACGUUUCUCAGACCUGCUGGACAGAGUGUCACAGGUUGAUCCUGAUAUGAGGAUCAGAUUCACAUCACCCCAUCCUAAAGACUUUCCUGAUGAGGUUUUGCAUCUAAUUGCGGAGAGAGAAAACAUUUGUAAGCAGAUCCAUCUUCCAGCUCAAAGUGGGAGCAGUCAGGUCUUGAAAGCUAUGCGCCGUGGGUAUACAAGAGAGACAUACCUUGAAUUGGUACAGAACAUCAGGAAUAUUAUUCAAGAGGUAAGUCUCAGCAGUGACUUCAUCUCAGGCUUUUGUGGCGAGACAGAAGAAGAUCACCAGCAGACCUUGUCUCUCAUUAGAGAAGUGGGCUACAACAUUGGGUUCCUUUUUGCCUAUAGCAUGAGAAAGAAAACCCCUGCAUUCCAUAACCUUAAAGAUGAUGUGCCAGUGGAUGUGAAGCAGCGUAGGCUGGAAGAGUGUAUCACUGUGUUCAGACAAGAAGCUGCAAGGGUCAACGCUACUCUUAUUGAUAGCACACAACUUGUCCUGGUGGAGGGGGAGAGUAAGAGAUCUGCCGAGGAGCUGUGUGGGAGAACAGAUGGCAAUAUGAGGGUGAUCUUCCCCAAAGAGGAUGUUGCUGUUCAUUCUGCAGAGUCCAACACAGCUGUAAUCAACACUGGAGACUAUGUGCUAGUGAAGAUAUUGUCGGCCAGCUCGCAGAGUUUGAGAGGUCAAGCCUUGUGUCACAGACGUCACAUGACGCAGUCAGCACUUCUGCCCAGCAAUUAAUAUGAUAAUCAUUUGCCUCUACCCAUCCACGAUUGCCAUAUGACCUUGAUCGACACUCAGGAAACAAACUACAGUAUGUCAAACUGUCAUCUUGUCAAAAAGACAUUUCAACCAUCUGUGUCACUUGGGACCUCUGUGUUUGUGUUGAUCUAAUGUGAUCUUUGAACUUUGUGUUGUUACAAAAACACAUCCAGUUAGUAUGUACAAGUUGUUAAGAACGUUAUUAUGGUUGAAAGUGUUGAAACUGUAGAGUUCAUAAAUUUAAGGAAAACAUAUUUGGUUUGUUAUUUAAGUUUCAGGGUUUUGGUAAAUGGCGAUACUGUCGGUCUUCUGAGAGCUCUUUGGAGCAGGCAUGCACCACAUCAGGCAGUGCUUCUCUACAAGAGACAAUUCUAAACUGGUGUGUGUUUUCUAGUGGUUAAAGAAGCUUUAAGCCACAUCGCCAAUCUGCUUUCAUUGAUUGGACUCCAGGUUGGCUCACCCCAGACUAAUUAGCUCUUGGAGAAUCAGUAGCCUGGAGCUUGACUUACUUUUUCCCAUCGCUGUCCUAUGAAUGUUUAAGUUAUUUCCAAUUAAAAAAAAAAAAAAAAAAAGUGUGGUAUUAGUUUAAGCAGACAGUUUGUUUAUUCUUGUGAUUUAGAUGAUCAGAAUAGAUUUUAUGACCAAUUUGUAAGACAUUCCAAAGGGUUCACAUACUUUUUCCUCCCACUGCAGAAUGUCUUGGAGCAGCACAUCUUGUUACAUUUUAUUCAUCAUUUAUUUAGCAUGCUAUUGAAAUGGAACAAAGACAAUUCGCAGGUCAGAAGCAAAUAGUGUCCUGCACAGUUUGGGUGACGCAACACUGUGCUGAAGUAAAAAACAAACAAAAACCCACUUUCCUCAUUGAUAUUUAAUUUGCCAGGAAAAGAAAACAUACAAUAAUUGAUUUAACAAAGGGAAAAUAUAAAUGUUGAGUUAUAAUAUUGGUUUGAAAUGAAGGCUGGAGAUGUGUAGUAUCUUAUAGUUAUUUCAUUGUUUGUGUUUUACUCCCAUCACGCUGUAAACUGAACAUCUGUCCCAAUCAGCAUGUAGUCCUACAGAAGAAGAAGAUCGACAUUUAAAAUAUGAAAGACUAUGAUUUAGCCAUUAUCUUUUUUACUGAAAAGUCACUCUAACCUUAAGGAUCUGUAGGUCAGUGUUGACAAGGUUCAUCUUUCCAAUGGAGGGGAGAGGAUAUCCUUUUCUAAGUUGAACUACAGAGCAAUCCACGCAUUUAGAUUAGUUGACAAGACAAUAUAGAUCUAAAUACAGAACACCGUCUAAACAUGUCAAAGAUAUGGCAGUUUGAUCUGUAUGAAAUGUCAAAUAUUCAUUCUAUAAUAUUAAUAUGAAGACCCUAGUUUGUCACAAUUCCAUAUGGCACGGUGCACAAUUGUAUAUUGAAAAAGGCACCAUGGAGGAACACAGGCUCAUGUGGUAAGAACUUACCAUUCAGUAUGGGUAAAACAACCACUUUCAGGACCAGGUUCAGGAUGUUGUCAAGAGAUCUGACCUGUAAAUUAAGCACAGGUUAGUUCCUCUCAUCGCUAUGGACUAUAAAAGCUGUAAUUUGGCUCCGAAUCCAACUCUUACCCGAAAGUCUCCCACAUAACUUGUCCCCAGGGUCAGAUCCAUUCUGUGCAAAUGAAGCAAAAUUAGACUGCGACGUUCAUCCUCACAAGGAACUUUUGCCCCCACCGUCUCUUCUUAGAACAAAGAGUCAUUUAUUUUUCGGAACUCACUUGUUCAAAGUGACAGCUCCAGCUAGCCUCAUGCCAUUGACAAACACUCGGGCACUCACGCUGGUCGUCUGUAAGGGCACAAUGAAUUCGAGUGAAGACAUUAUUAUGAUUAUUUUUUUUAUCAAAAAAAAGAAGAAUGCAAUAUUUCAAAAAGAGUAUCAUCAUGAAAAUAUGUAACAUGCCGAGUUAAUGAUAAAUAGCGGAGAGAGUGUGCCGUUGGGCUGGAUUGCGUAGGCCGUCACUGUGGUGGUGGCUUGAAUAGUCACGUUGUUGGGCUCAAAAGUGGUGAUGGGAUUUUUCACCGUCUUUACCAGCAGUUUCAUCAAUAAACCCGGGAAGGAUUUGGCAAUCUGAAA